AUGGAGGAUAAUAAAUCGAAUUCUCUUAAAGACAACGUACCCGUUCAAAAUGAAGAUUUUCCAAAAAUUAUAGAGGAUGAAAGUUAUACUUAUGAACCGGUUUCUCUUAAUGACCAAGUGUCCGAGGAUGAAGAUAACGAAAUACUUCAAUACGUUCGGUUUAAAAUUAUAACUUUAAAUGAAGAAUAUAAGUGGUAUAAGAUAAAUAUGAAAAUUCGAUUUCAUAUGUGUGUUGCACAAAUUUUUAUCGCGUUAAUUUCAAUUUUUAUUGGUCAACUAUUAUCAGUGGCCAAACAUAUCAAUACAAUUGAUGACAUUGGUAAAAUUGGAUCAGUGGUUUCAUCUAUCUUUGUGAUAGCUGGUACAAUCACAACAAUUUUUACUGUGUACUUAAAUAAUUCUUCGGAAAAAUAUUUUGAGAGGAGUGGUAAUACUGAAAUUACCGAAAGACAUGGUUUAUUUUGGGUAGGAGAAGUUUGGAUAUGUUGCAUUAUUCUGUCGAAGUCAUUUGAUUUGGUUAAUAACUUAGAGUAUAGAUUAAAUCAAAAAUAUGAUAUAUCUAAAUAUCUUAUUGAAGAUUCGUUAGAUUCUAAUGUUAAAGAAAAGGAGUUGGGUUGUUUGUUUAACAUUAUUAAGUUUGUGAUUAAAGUUUUUAAUCUUUGCUUUUUACCUUAUUAUUGGUUAAGUGGAAGAAUUGUAUUUCGAGACCAAACCAAGCAAUCUUCGGAUGAGGAUCAACUACCACUGAGAAGCAAUCAAAGUCAAACUUCGAAAGAAGAGGAGCAAAAUCCAGUUUUGGAGACUUAUUUUAAAUAUUUUGUUGUUAAUAAUUUAGAGUUAUAUCCAAAUGAGGAAUUUGCGAUUAAAAGUAUUUUAAAUGGUGCUAUAAUUACUACAGGAGAAGGUACAAAAGAAAAAUAUGAUCCAGAAUUUAUUCGUAAGAUUUUACGAAGCAAAUUUCAUGGAAAAACCAUUUUCAUUUAG